AAACCACUUAAACGAUUGUUGGACGCCCAACUACAUAGAACACAACAUUCUAUACUAUAUCUCGAAAAGUUUCAGUUGAUACGGAAUCUUUUAAUAACAAACACAUCGCUCUGCUUGUUGUUGUCGUCUCGCGUGCAUAAACAACAUUUUAAUCAAUUACAAGAUCUUCUAUUAAUAAGCAGCCAAGUACCUUAAACUUCAUCAAAAACAUGGGUCUGACACGAUUGCUCGUUAAGGAUGGCGGCUUCGGCACUCAGAUGACCGUCCAUGUGGGCAACUCCGUCGAUGGUGAUCCGCUGUGGAGUGCACGUUUUAAUGCUACAAAUCCCUCAGCUGUGAUUAACACACAUCUGGACUUUCUGCAAAAUGGUGCUGAUAUGAUACUGACAAAUACGUAUCAAACAAGUGUCGAGGGUUACAUGGAGUAUCUGGAGCUGGAUGAGCAGCAGAGCAUUGACUUGAUAAAGAAAACGGUGCGCAUGGCCCAUGUUGCUAAGGAGAAAUAUCUCAACGAAUGCUUCGAAUCCCAGCUGGCAGUUCCCGAAGGCUUUCCCUUGAUUAUUGCCUCGAUUGGUCCCUUUGGUGCCCAUUUGCACGAUGGCUCAGAGUACACUGGCAGCUAUGCGGACUACGUGCCCGCUAAGACCAUCACGGACUGGCAUCGAGUGCGCAUCGAAGCUUGCCUGGAAGCUGGUGUUGAUGCUUUGGCUAUUGAGACGAUUCCCUGUCAGAUGGAGGCCGAGGCUUUGGUGGAAAUGCUUUGCGAUGAUUACCCGGAUGUGAAAUUCUGGGUUGCCUUUCAAUGCAAGGACGAGAACACACUGGCCCAUGGCGAAGAAUUCGCCGAGGCAGCCACUGCAGUUUGGGAGAUUCUGCGUGAACGGAAAGCACAGGACAAGUGUCUGGCGAUCGGCGUCAAUUGUGUGCAUCCCAAGUUUGUAACUCCGCUGUUCAAGAGCUUGAAUGGCGAUCGCACUGCCGAAGAGCAAAUCCCCUUGGUCGUCUAUCCGAAUAGUGGCGAGGUUUAUGACGUCGCAACCGGCUGGCAAGGUCGUGAGCAUUGUGUGCCGCUGGCGAAAUAUGUGCCAGAGUGGGCGCAACUGGGAGCGAAAAUCAUUGGCGGCUGUUGUAGAACUUAUGCCCGCGAUAUUCGGCUAAUCAGCGAAGCGGUUCAUGCAUGGAACAAGCUGAACAAAGUCGCUUGAGAUGCCGUCACUAAAGAUUAAAGCUGAGGAUCUCAGUAAUGAACAACAAAUGCAUUUUUAUAGCUGUAACUGUAUGUUUAAAUUAGUUAGUUAGUUGUAAAUAAAAAAUAAAAAAACAGAUAAAAUAAAAUAUACUUUCCCCACAAUUUGGUGUUACGUUAAAA